AAGACUUUCGGUCCCGAGACACGGCGUUCUUGCUAGAUAUGUAAAUAAAUCGCCAUUUUUUUUUCUUUGUCGAGUCAGGUCUACCUAGGUAGUUAGUCAGGUCAGAUCUCUCCUAAGUGUUAGUCUCCUCCCCCAGGCAAGGGACAAGCACCCGCAGCCACGCGGCCGCAGCAGCCGCAGUAUCGAACUUUACCUCUCUAAUGUAAUAUGGUAAUUGUAUUACUGUUGUAUACGGGUAAUGCUGAUCUUUCCAAAGGGGAAGUCAGCUGCCAAGAUGCUAGGAUUGUUUGUUCCCGUUGCGCGUUGCGCGUUAUCAGGUUGUUGCGAGAUCGGGAAUAUUCACAACCCUCUUACAGCUUACAUCGUUGGCGUUGGAAUCUUACAGGUUGGUUACAGGAUGGGCGAACCCCUGGUUUUGAGGAAUAAUAGCAAGACCCCGCCAUCGUGCAUACUUUGCUUUUGCUCGAACCGUGGAGGGACGCAUGUCAGCUAGGCAUGAUGCCUUGAUAUUUUAUGAAAGACUUCAUUACAUAGUAUACACUUAGACUAUAUCCAAGCUAUGGUAGGUUACACUGC